AUGCAAUCUCAGAGACUCCCGGCCGGUCCUGCCAAACAGGGAGGAAGCUCUCAGCCACCACAAACAUACACUGUGCAGCAAGGUUUUGAGCUGGCCAGUGCAUCGGCGGUGUCAGCCAGACCCCACCUCGAUCUUGCUGCCGAGUUCUUGGUGCGCGUAUUUAGUGCCAACAAUGUUCCCUACGCGUUUAUGGGAGGAUACUCCUUGCUCUUACGUGGUAGCACGCGAGGAACAAAUGACGUUGAUCUCACCGUUGGUUGCGCCAUGGAUCAACUUGUUCAGGUUGUCAAAGCUCAGAACCAAGUAUGGCGGCCUCUUGGUCCUACCUCUGGUGUUCUCCGCUUAUUUAUUAAGGUUGGUGGGGAAAACUCCGGAGUUCCAGAACUAAAAGUUAUGGUGGAUGUUAUCCUCCGUGGUUCUCUUGGAGCGCCUGAUAAUCUGCAAGCUGCAUCCGAAGUGCUUAAUAGCACCACAUCACUUGGUCCGAGAGCAUGGCCAGCGCUUGACCUACCCACCGUGAUGAACAGCAAACUCGGCGCCUUCUUUGCUAGAGGCGCAAGUAAUCCAGGGAGCAACGAUUACCAAGAUAUCGUCUUCCUUGUGAACAACUAUAUGGAGCCCAUUUACAACAUUCGAUCUCAGUUGAAUGCUACCCAUCGUCAGGAAUUUGUGAAUGCCUAUGCCAGGGCCAAUUCGGGGCCCCAAAGAAUGGUCCAGGUGAAGAAGAUAAAGCAUGUUUUAGGCAUUGUGUGA